AUCUGCCCCAUCGACGAUUUCCACGACACGAGGUGCUUCACUCUGUUUAUUGGUAUCCUGAUGCGAAGUUUUCCACUUUUCCUUCUCUGCUUUGAAAGACCUACGAAUAUUCCCAGCUAACUGUAUUGAAAAGGUCGGCAUUUCUUCGUUCUUUCGGCUGGCUCUUGGAUAUGGCCAACAUGAAUCCCGAAUAUGAUUAUUUGUUCAAGUUACUGCUCAUCGGAGACUCUGGCGUCGGAAAAUCUUGCCUUCUUUUACGUUUUGCGGAUGAUACUUACACGGAAAGCUACAUAAGUACGAUUGGCGUGGACUUCAAAAUUCGGACCAUUGAACUUGACGGAAAGACCAUAAAAUUACAGAUCUGGGACACAGCUGGACAGGAACGUUUUCGCACGAUCACUUCUUCAUACUAUCGUGGUGCUCAUGGUAUCAUUGUGGUGUAUGACAUUACUGACCAGGAUACUUUCCACAACGUUAAGCAAUGGCUUCAAGAAAUUGAUCGUUAUGCUUCCGAGAAUGUGAAUAAACUCUUGGUGGGGAACAAAUGCGAUCUUACACCUAAACGAGUUGUGGAAUACCAGACAGCCAAGGAGUACGCGGAUUCUUUGGGCAUUCCGUUUUUGGAAACGAGUGCCAAGAGUUCCACGAAUGUUGAGCAGGCUUUUAUGACCAUGGCGGCUGAAAUCAAGGCUCGGGUUGGUCCUCAGCAGAUGGGCUCCACAAGCAAGGAUACGCCAAGGAUAACAGCCGGCAGCACUCCGGUCAAGCAGUCUGGCGGCGGAUGCUGCUGAGUCCAAUAGGCGGAGGGGAAGUGCUAUCACGACGUUAUCAUGGCGAGAGAUAUUAUUUUAUCGUUUCCUUUUGUGCUCCGCAAUGAGCGCACUGUUCUGAUAAAAGCAGUUUUUAACUCGAAUGUUAUGCCUAAUUUUGACGAAGUAAUGUUUUCUUUUGCUGCGGGAUGUUUUCGUGCGUAGACAUAGAGAAUUAAUUCAUGAGCCCAAGAGAACGGUACCAUAUUUUGCCUCUUAACGUGUUCUGUUCUGGUAUGUCUCCAGUUUGAUUCGAUGUUACAUUCUGAUUCACUCUUUCGUGUUGGCUUGUGUGGCGUUCUAGAGUAUCACGAUUUUAUUUAUUACUAUUUACUGUUUUCUACAAAGUGUUAGAUUCAUGUGCUAGUCUUGUCAAGCAUUAAAUUGUCUCUGAGAA